AUGGAGGGUCUCGCGCAACAAGUGGCCUUGCUGCAGGCGCAACUAGCCGCCGCCUUUCAGAUGGGUGCUCUGAUGGCCCCUCAGCAGCCCGCGGCGCCGACGCCGGCUGCUUCUACUGGACAGCAUCCCGCAGCGGCGGGACGCUCCAAUGUGUCAGGUGACACACAUGCUCAGAUGGUGGCAAAGUUGCGCUCAGUGCCAAAGCUGGACACUACGAGGCAGUCACCACAACGCAACAUUCUCACAUGGCUCACAGCUAUGCAGUAUGAACUAGAGUUGCAUCAGAUACCCACAGCCUGCUGGGUUCUUUGUGCCCUGGAUUUCUUGGACCAGGCGGCACGCGACUACUAUGUGCAAGCCUAUUCGGCUACCGAACUUCGAGAGCUUCCCUGGGUGAAGUUCGCCACCCAGCUCAAGUCUCAACACAUGCCAUUGGGACUUCGAGCACAACUCGUUGCCUGUCUGGAUCACCUCCGUCAGGAGCCGCAAGAAUCCAUGGCAACAUACUACAAGCGUACGAAGCUUCUCAAAGAACAACUAGAUCUCAUUCCCGGUGGUGCGGCAUUCGCCACCGAUGUGAUCCUGCGUGAACGCUUUGCAACGGGCAUCACUAACGUCACAACGAAGCUUCUCCUCAAUGCAUGGAGUGCUUCCCAUCUGCAAACGACAGGCUCGGAGCCGACGUUUCUCCAGCUCGCCACAUAUUGCGUCUCGCUCGAUGCGUAUGCCCACUGCACGAUGCCAGAUGGGUCCGUCAAACAGCUGAAUGCUUUGACGUCGCAUGUGCUUGCGGGUAAGCCCAAUCGAGGUAAGGGAACCCCUGCUGCCACGGGAGUCCCGGGUCAGCCCCGUUCGGGGGGCAAUCCGCAGCACACACCGGCCCCACGAUACCAGUCCGGCACUGGCACGGGCAGGCCGGGUCGCUCAGGACGUCACUCGUCCAGAGAUCAACGACGGGAUAACGGCCGUCGCCAGGAGCGACAGCCUUCUCGAUCACCCAGCGCCGAGCGCCGCAAUGUCAUCUGCCAUGCAUGUGGACGCUCGGGACACUAUGCUAAGGACUGCCGACGAGCUCGUCGCAGCCAGAGCCCUCAUCAGGCCCGCGCACGAUCCCCUCGUGCAUCGUCCUCGCCAGCGCGCGAAGAUGAACAAUCCCCCUCUGGUGAAGAGGACGAGCCCACUACCGCUGCCGUGACGACUCGGCAGGGUAAGCGUGCUGACGCUCAGUCUCGUCGACGCCACCACGUGCAGUUUGAUGGCGAAGCACACGACUUGCUGCAAAUGAAUACGCUGACAGUUCAGACCGCCUCGACGCUGACUCAGGCGGCAGACAUCGACUCCAACCUGCUCUACCUGCCCAUUCAAAUUGAGUCGGAACGAGCAGAACAACCCAGAGAAAUCCUGGCGCUCCUGGACACGGGGGCGCAGGCAUCCAUUCUCUCGCGUGCGAUUGUAGACGAACUCAGGUUAUCUACGCACAAGAUCGCCACCCCGGUGAAGGUCCAGUUCGCCAAGGACGACAGAUCGGCUUUUUUCAACAGCUUCGAUGUCACGCUGGGACUGUUCAAGUGCCUUUCUAAGCUGCUGGGUCUCUUUAGCACUCUGCAUUGCCUCAAUCUUGGCGUUUUGGACUUGCAACUGUAA